AAUCAAUGUUUAUAAUCACGUAAUUAGAGCCGGAUUAUCAAUCAAAUUAAUCUUUUCAAGUUAAUUACAAAUUAAUGAACGAAGUGUUAGUUUUUCUCGAUACAUUCGCGUGUGGUUCAUACAGUGCACAUCUCACUUUAGAUAUCAUUUCCAUAAUCCUUUGAGUGCAGUUAAAAUGAUAAACAGUGGACGUUAUUUAUUAUUUUAUUGUCAUAAAUAUGUGACAGCUAAUCGCUGUGAACAAGACUUGUGAUAUUAGUGCCGCUGAAACAAUAAUAUGGAGUUGUUUUGAUAUUUUUCUCUCGUGAUAAUUAUUUGAAAGUGAUAUUAGGAAUAGUAUUAAAUGUUGUAGUUUUAAAGUGAGAAAAUGGCUUCGAGGAGUAGAGUUUCUCCGUUUAUUAAACAAUGCUUUGUGACAGCGGCGGUGGGCAGCAACAUCAUCGGGCAUGGAUGUGCCAUUGGGUUCCCCGCCAUCCUGCUGCCACAACUCCUGGCCCCUGACUCGGAGAUACCGCUCUCGAAGACUGCAGCAUCAUGGCUAACAUCAGUAUUAGGCGUCACGCAGCUGAUUGGCAGCUUUAUCACGCCGUCCAUCAUGGACCGUUUCGGCAGAAGAAUCGCCCACCUGGCCGUCACCAUGCCUGUGCUCAUUGGGUGGUUUACCACUAUGAUGGCUACCAGCUUUGAGCCAUUGUUGGUUGGAAGGAUACUCCAAGGCCUUUCCAUUGGCAUGCUUUCUCCACUACGUUCAGUCCUCAUCGGAGAAUACGCCAGCCCCAAGAACAGAGGAGCUUUCCUCACAACGGUCUCCCUGACUCAAGCCUUCGGUAUCAUGUUCGUGCACAUUUUGGGCUCUUUCAUCAGCUGGCAGCAGACCGCGCUGGUCUGCGUAUUCUUCUCAUUCUUCAGCUUAGUCAUGACCAUCUACUGCCCAGAGUCCCCGAGCUGGCUCGUCACGAAAGGAAAGUACGAGGAGUGUCGGGAUGUCUUCCGAUGGCUUAGGGGUGAUGACGAAGAGGAGGAACUAGAGGAAAUGAUUCACGCCAGACAGGUAUUUGAGAAAGCAAGAGCGACGCAGAAAAUUGGCAGAAAACCAAAUCACAUGAAGUCAGCUAUCACAACGAUAAAGAAGAAAGAGUUCCACAAACCUAUCAUACUAAUGAUGCACGCAUUCGUCAUGGUGCAGUUCGCUGGAGGCACCACCAUGGCGGCUUACUCGACCACUAUUAUAACCCUGAUCAUGGGUCCCGGUGUCAACGCACAUUUCUGGAUGAUAUUCCUGGACACGCAGAGGUUUAUAUCCAACACUAUAGCUGUCUUCGUAAUCAACAAAGUAAAGAGAAGAACCAUGAUGUUCCUGACCGGAGGGCUGUGUGUUGUAAGUCAGCUGGCCAUAGCCUCCUACACGUAUCUCAGGAAGGAAGGCUUGCUGACUUACGACGCCGUCUGGAUCCCGGCUCUGCUCAUCAACGUGCAGUUCUUUACAGUCGCCACCGGCAUGCUGCCGCUGCCAAACGUGAUAAGUGGAGAAGUGUUCCCUCUAGAAUAUAGAAGUAUAGGAGGAAGCAUCAGCUUGGCCACCAUGUCGGCUUCCUUCUUCGUAGUCCUUAAAACUUUCUUAGGUUUAGUCGAGAGUGUGGGUAUAUACGGUACGUACACGAUAUACGCGGCUCUUCUCACGUACUGUUUGCUGGUGAUCUCAAUUUUACUGCCAGAGACUAAAGGGAAGACCUUGCAGCAGAUCGAGGAUGAGUUCCGGGGCAGGCCGCUGGCGCCGAGGGAGAUAGAAGAGAAAAUGGUGUUCCAGUCCUGUCCCGUUCUUACUUAUAAGCGGAACAUGUCUUCGCGAAGGCUCAGUACUCCAUUGCUGCAUUAGAUUGAAGCCUGAACUGUUUCUAGUUAAAAUAAGUGGAUAUUAUUCGAAUAAGUUGUGUAAGUUGUAAGUAUACAAUAUUUGUAAAUCCUAUUACUUUGAGAUUGAUAUUAUAUGGCGAGUGAAUUAUUAA